UGUAGUAAUCUGAUUUUGCAGAUAUGUUUGUAUACUUGCUAUGGCUGUCUCUGAUCAGUUUUGUGGAUCUCCAAAAAAAUAAAAUGUACACACUCUGCCAUUCACCAACUAUGGACAUAUAUUACACACUAUGUGAUGAAAGGAGAUCACCCACUGUUUAUCUUGAGCCUUGUCCCAUAAGCCUUAAAGACAAAUUCAAUAUUUCCUUAACUUGGAUUCCAACAAUGGAUUUACACAGAUUUUCAGUUGAUUUUAAUAUCUGGCAUCAAUCAAUGAAAGUUUCUGAGACAACAAUAGUCUUUUGCUCUGGAGAUCAUGAUGAGUAUGAUUUUUGUGGACAAUUAAAAGGAGAAACCAUGUACAUUACGAUGGAAAAAAGCUUGGCUAAAUUUCCUUAUAUAAAGGGCACUUUCCUGGCAAAUUUCAACUUUUAUGCUGGUGAACUAUUAGAGCUUGCGGCGUGUGGAACAGCUACUCUUGUAUUAAAGAAUAAUAUUUAA